CAGGAGCAUCUUCAAAGAGUAAAGACGUGUUUGCAAUUUUCUGUGCCUAAUUAAAUAAGAAAGUGAAUCUUAUACUGAGAAUAUCAAGAAUAUAGAUUUGGGUACAGUGAAAUAAAUAAAUUUGAAUAUCUUUUGUGAUAUUUUUCUAUAUAAUUCCUUUAGGCAAUGGAUCACUGUUCCUCAGCAUUAAAUAGCAUCUAAAAAUAAAUUAUCUGAAUUAUUUCAGCAAUUACCAGUGGCUUUUGCAAUUUGCAUGAUUUUUUAUUCAUGGGUUUUCAUAACGCAUAAUACGGUUGCUUACCCAUUUCAUAUUAUAUGUCCUAUAAAUAUUUACUUAUUCUACUCACUACAAAGCGCUGUAGUCGCUAAAAGAGGUAAGUUUUUGAGAGGUGUUACACCCCUCUAGCGACUGCAGCAUUUGUGGUAGCUUGAAAUGUACUACAGCAUCGCAACCGAGGGUAUAAAAGACGGUGCUGUAGUAAAUUCGGCCUCUUUUCCACACAGAGAGUUGUCGGGAGUAGGUGCAUAAACGAAGGCGGCGAGUGGCUGAAAACAAAGUGUCAAAAAAAAAGUGAAUUUCACAAGAUAAUUCAUAAAAUUCAUUAAAGGUGCGCGAAAUAAAACGUUCAGAAAUCAUUAAAAAUGCCGCAAAUGAGUGCAACUAAUGGAUAUGCAAAUGGACAUUCCGUCCACGAUAUGCAGGAUGGGCAGAGAUUCCUCUUUUCAUCCGAAUCAGUUGGCGAGGGGCACCCUGACAAAAUGUGCGAUCAAAUCAGUGAUGCUAUCCUCGAUGCCCAUCUGAGUCAAGAUCCAAAUGCUAAAGUAGCUUGUGAAACUGUCGCCAAGACUGGAAUGAUUUUGCUAUGUGGCGAAAUUUCAUCAACUGCCGUGGUAGAUUAUCAAAAAGUUGUCCGUGAAACGGUUAAACACAUAGGAUAUGACGAUAGUUCGAAAGGGUUUGAUUACAAAUUGUGCAACGUCCUGCUUGCAUUGGAUCAACAGUCACCGAACAUUGCUGCGGGGGUGCAUGAAAAUCGCCCUGAUGAAGAAGUAGGAGCUGGUGAUCAGGGACUGAUGUUUGGCUAUGCCACGGAUGAAACUGAAGAGAGCAUGCCACUGACGGUUGUUCUUGCACAUAGUUUGAAUCAGAAGAUCGCUCAGUUGCGUCGAUCUGGUGAAUUUUGGUGGGCUCGUCCCGAUUCCAAGACACAGGUCACAUGCGAGUAUGUCUUCAAGGCAGGAUCAGCAAUUCCACAGCGUGUGCAUACAGUCGUAGUAUCGGUGCAGCACUCCGAAAAGAUCACCCUCGAUGAAUUGCGCAAAGAAGUAAUGGAGAAAGUGAUUAAGGUUGUUAUUCCGGAGAAGUACUUCGAUGCCAAUACAGUGGUGCACAUCAAUUCUUGCGGGCUCUUCAUUAUUGGCGGACCAAUGGGUGAUGCUGGGUUAACUGGACGUAAGAUCAUUGUGGACACAUACGGUGGCUGGGGAGCACACGGUGGUGGAGCUUUCUCUGGCAAAGACUUCACCAAGGUUGACCGUUCAGCUGCCUAUGCAGCCAGAUGGGUUGCUAAAUCCCUGGUAAAGGCUGGCAUCUGCAAGAGGUGCCUCGUACAGGUGUCCUACGCUAUUGGCGUCGCUGAACCACUCUCAAUCACCGUCUUUGACUACGGCACAUCCAAGUGGUCCCAAGAAGAACUCGUUGAAAUUGUCAACAAGAAUUUCGACUUAAGGCCUGGCAAGAUUGUCACUGCCCUCAAUCUGCGUAAUCCCAUCUAUCAGAAAACCAGCUGCUAUGGACAUUUCGGACGCAAUGACUUCCCAUGGGAACAACCCAAGGAGCUCAAGAUCUGAUUGCUCGACAUAGAACCCAAAAGAAUUAAGUUAUCUUAAGUUCAUCCUUUUUAUUAAUUUUUUUAUCGGUAUCAUUUUAAAGUGUGCUUGGUCUUUCACUGUGAAAGUACCAACAAAUUCCGUUUUAAUGCUUUAUUUUUUUUGACAAUGUUUUUAUUUUACACACUGUCUUUUAUUCAUGUUUGAGGCUCUAUAGUGAUAUAAAAAAUUUAAUUAUGUUUUUUUUGAACAUUUUAUUUCGCUAAUACUUUGUUUUUUUUUCUGAUAAAAAAAAUUGAGAUGUCCAAAAAUUAACAUGUUUUAGCCUCAUUCACUCUCCGUCUUCGUUUUAAGUGCUAUCAUGAGAACAGGUUUUUUUUUUGAAAGAUGAAAGUGUUUUAUCAAUAUUUUUUUAUUAAAUAAACAUUUUAGAGAAGAUUGUUUUUAAAACGAAAUUUUAUCCAAGAUAAAAUAUAGCUACUUAUAGAUUUUUAAUUGUAACACACACAAAAACAUAAACGACAAGAAAUUUUAUGCAUUAGGAUAUAAUAUCUAAAUAUUUUAAACUAUUGUACUUCAUAUUGUAACUAAUGGAGUUUCAAAUAAGUGUUCGGGAUCCUGGGCAGGAGGCUAGAUCGCUCGGUAUAUCACAGUAGGAAGUAUCAAGUGUGAUCUUGCUAUACAUUUGCCAUCUAAUGGAUCACAGCCUGCUGCAAUUCCCUGUGUCACUGAUGGAAUGAAUAACGAUUUUUUAAGAAAAAAAAAACAAAUUGAAUUUAAAACUUCAAUGUGGUAAUGUAACUUCACCUGCUACCAUCUUUUGCCCUUAAUUUUUGAGACGGCGAUUUUGUGGAAUUUUACGCACAAUUUUUUGACAAAAUUGCUGCAAAAAAGGAUGGUGGCAAUUUAUUAAAAAAAAAAAAGAAAUUAAUGAAAAGAAAGCGUGCAAGAAGUUGCAAUGUUUAAUUGCUAAUUUUUCCAUCAGCACAUGGUUUUGUGUUGUGUUUACGCGAAGGAUUUAAUUUGUGGGAAAGAGCCAGAGCGAAAACACACCGAUCUACCAAGUGAUUGACAAGAGUAUCCUCAUCGUUGUCAUUCUCCCCCAGAUAAUGACUAUAAAAUGUAUUUGUUGUGCUCUAUAUUAGAAAGCAAGUAGGUUUAAAUUUUGCAAAGUUACGUGAUACCUAAGGAUGAGAGUUACCCCAUAAAAUUGAAACCCGCAUUUCAAUUGAGCAGUAAUUUUUGUCCACUAGCUAUCACUGCGCUUAUUUGAAUCCUCUGUAUUGUGGUCAUUAGUAUUUUUUUUUAUAUUUUUUAUUUAUUUUUUAUACGUGCCAUUUUAGCACGUAGAAUUUACUCCGAUUGUUCAAUAAAAAAAAACUGCAUAAACAUGACGAAUGCAAUUCCUUCUCAGACAAUCGAAGUUUCUUAUUUGUGUUAAAAUAAAUUAUUUUGAUUGACAUUUUUUUGUAUGAUUGAUAACAUAUACGGAUGAGGAUACUUGCUAAUGCCGAGGAUCCCGCUAAAAAAUACAAAAAAAAAAUUAAAAAUGUAAAAUUCAAAAAAAAAAAAAAUAAACUGUAGGUGAAAAGUAAAAAAAAA